AUGAGAAAUCUUAACAGUCAUAAAAGAUUUCAUACAAGAGAGAAACCCUAUUUAUAUAAUCAAUGUAGUAAAGCCUUUACAAUAAAGAAUAGUCUUCACAGUCAUAAAAGAAUUCAUACUGGAGAGAAACGCUAUGAGUGUAAUGAAUGUGGUAAAGCAUUUUCUCAAAAGAGUCAUCUUGAAAGUCAUGAAAGCAUUCAUACUGGAGAGAAACCAUAUGAAUGUGAUCAAUGUGGUAAAGCCUUUGCACAGAAGAGUCGUCUUCAAAGUCAUGAAAGAAUUCAUACUGGAGAGAAACCCUAUGAUUGUCAUCAUUGUGGUAAAGCCUUUGCAAGAAAGAGUUUUCUUCUAACCCAUGAAAGAAUUCAUAGUGGAGAGAAACCCUAUGAAUGUAAUCAAUGUGGUAAAGCCUUUGCAUUGAAGAUCUUUGUACAGAAGAGUAGCCUUCUAGGUCAUGAAAGAAUUCAUACUGGAGAGAAAACAUAUAAAUGUAAUCAAUGUGGUAAAGCCUUUGCACAGAAGAGUACUCUUCAAAGUCAUGAAAGAAUUCAUACUGGAGAAAAACCCUAUGAAUGUAUUCAAUGUGAUAAAGCCUUUAUACAGAAGAGUUAUCUUCUCACCCAUGAAAGACUUCAUAGUGGAGAGAAACCGUAUAAAUGUGACCAAUGUGGUAAAGCCUUUGCAUUGAAGAGUAUUCUUCACAAUUAUGAAAGAAUUCAUACUGGAGAGAAACCCUAUGAAUGUAAUCAAUGUGGUAAAGCCUUUGUACAGAAGAAUAGCCUUCUAUGUCAUGAAAAAAUUCAUACUGGAGAGAAACCAUAUAAAUGUGACCAAUGUUGUAAAGCCUUUGCUCCGAAGGUUAGUCUUCAAAGUCAUGAAAGAAUUCACACAGGAGAGAAACCCUAUGAAUGUAAUCAAUGUGGUAAAGCCUUUGUACAAAAGAGUAGCCUUCUAAGUCAUGAAAGAAUUCAUACUAGCCAGUACCAUAUGGAUGUAAUCAAUGCUGAUGAAGUUCAGUCUGACCUUGAACUUCAGAUGUUUCUGUUUCCACCUCCAGUUACUGGGAUGACAGGUUCUCUGUCUCGCUGGAUGGGGGAAGAGGCGCUGGAUGGGGAUAGAGGUGGCAGUGGUCACAGCAGGUCCUCGGUGCUCGGUGGUGUAUCCGAGUCUGAACGGCACCAAUGUUGUUUAUUCUAUGGCGCUGCCCCUCCUGGCUGGUCGCCGCCCAUGGCAGCCAUGCCAGCAGAGGAGUGUGGUGAUUGA